AUGUCUGCUCGUGUAUCAGCUGCUGAUGUCAGCUCGGGAUGUCUGUCAGCUGCUGAUGUCAGCUCGGGAUGUCAGCUCGAGUGUCAGCCAGAACAUCAGCCGCGAUUUGUGGUCGGCGAGGGCGCCGUGGCGGGGUGGACGGGCGGCGCCAAGACGGAGCCGGAGUUCGGGGAGCAGAUCCGUAACGUGACGGUCACGGCCGGACGGGAGGCCGUCCUGUCCUGCUCCGUAGACGGCCUCGGCGACUACAGGGUUGGAUGGCUGAAGGUAGAUUCCCAGACGAUUCUGACGAUACAGAAGCGCGUUGUAACCCACAACAGCCGCAUCGCUGUCACCCACGACGAGCACCGAACCUGGAACCUGCACAUCCGCAACGUGAGAGAGAAGGACCGCGGCUGCUACAUGUGUCAGAUCAACACCCCCGUCAUGAAGAAUCAAGUGGGCUGCAUUGAAGUGCACGUUUCGCCGGACAUCAUCAACAGCCAGACGUCGUCAGACACGAGCGUCAACGAGGGCGAGGGCGUUACGCUGCGCUGUGCAGCAGAGGGCUACCCUCAGCCGAGGGUGACGUGGCGGCGCGAGGAUGGUCUUCAAAUUGCCAUUAAGACCGAUCCUGCUAGCCUGCGGGAGGUGGACGGCGGCGUGCUGGUGAUGCAGGCUGUGGGUCGGCAUCAGAUGGGGGCCUACCUCUGCAUCGCCUCCAACGGCGUCCCUCCCACCGUCAGCAAACGCAUCACACUCAGCAUCAACUUUGCUCCAAUGGUAAAGGUGGAGAACCAGCUGCUGGGGGCGCCACUGGGCACGGAGGUCUCUGUGAGGUGUGACGUCGAGGCGUUCCCUCACGCCAUCGUCUACUGGCAGCGCGACACGGCCGAGAUGUUGCUCUCUGGGAAGAAAUACGCGCUGCAGGAGACGACGGGCGCCUACAACGGCUCUCUGACGCUCGUGAUCCGCGCCUUCAACUGGACCGACGCGGGCCAAUAUUCCUGCGUGGCCACCAACUCCCUGGGCAGGGCGGACACCAGCGUACGGCUCUACCAGCCUCUCACGCCGCAAAGCCUGUCUCACAAACUACCCAGCCUGCCUCACACGCCAUCCAGCCUGCCUCACAAACUACCCAGCCUGCCUCACACGCCAUCCAGCCUGCCUCGCAUCGCCAUCCAGCCUGCCUCACACGCCAUCCAGCCUGCCUCACACGCCACCCAGCCUGCCUCACACGCCACCCAGCCUGCCUCACACGCCAUCCAGCCUGCCUCACACGCCACCCAGCCUGCCUCACACGCCACCCAGCCUGCCACACAAACCACCCAGCCUGCCUCACACGCCAUCCAACCUGCCUCACAAACCACCCAGCCUGCCUCACACGAGGCUGGUCUAAAAUUUAAGUGUCAAGACGGGCCAUCAAGUCGACGGCCGCUGCUGUAUAAAGCGCUGCUGAAGGAUGCGCAUCCUACGCUCAAGAGGAUCUAA